GGACCAAGGAGCAGCGGGCACGGCGGGAGCUCCAGGGCAGCUGGCAGCUCCGUGGCUCCCGCCUGGAACCCCGGGACCAGCCUGUGCACCUGGGAUUCCGCUGCCUGGGUCUCCAAGGUAGAGGGAGGACCCAGGACAAUGGCUGCUGUGCAUGAUCUGGAGAUGGAGAGUGUGAAUCUGAAUACGGGGAAGGAGAAGGAAGAGCCAGAGGAAGAGGAGACGAGAGAGGACGGGGGAGGUAACGAUCCCUCCAAGAAUAAAAAGGUCCACAGGAUUGUCUCAAAAUGGAUGCUUCCUGAAAAGGUGCGAAGGACAUACCUGGAGAGAGCUAACUGCCUUCCCCCGCCUUUGUUCAUCAUCUCCAUCAGCCUGGCCGAGCUGGCCGUGUUCAUUUACUACGCGGUGUGGAAGCCUCAGAGGCAGUGGAUCACCCUGGACACCGGCAUCCUGGAGAGUCCCUUCAUCUACAGCCCGGAGAAGAGGCAGGAAGCCUGGAGGUUUAUCUCCUACAUGCUGGUGCAUGCUGGAGUUCAGCACAUCGUGGGGAAUCUUUUAAUGCAGCUCGUUUUGGGUAUUCCCUUGGAAAUGGUCCACAAAGGCCUCCGAGUGGGGCUGGUGUACAUGGCAGGAGUGAUCGCAGGAUCCCUGGCCAGCUCCAUCUUUGACCCACUCAAAUCUCUCGUGGGUGCUUCAGGAGGUGUCUAUGCUCUGAUGGGAGGCUACUUUAUGAACGUUAUAGUGAACUUUCGAGAAAUGAUUCCUGCCUUUGGAAUUGUCAGACUGCUGCUCAUCAUCCUUAUAAUUGCAUCGGACAUGGGAUUUGCUCUCUACAGAAGGUUCUUUGUUCCUGCAAAUGGCUCUCCGGUGUCUUUCGCUGCUCACAUCGCAGGUGGAUUUGCUGGAAUGUCCAUUGGUUACACCGUGUUCAGCUGCUUUGACCAGGCACUGCUGAAAGACCCCAGGUUCUGGAUAGCAAUUGCAGCUUAUUUAGCUUGUGUCUUAUUUGCUGUGUUUUUUAACAUUUUCCUAUCCCCAGCAAACUGACCUGCCCCUAAUAGAAAUCAACUAAUAAAAAGUGCCAUCUGGGGCAGCGAAUGGAACUCUCUGAAGAAACAGAGGAGUCUCGGCAAAUGUUUAGAGUUUAAUCCAGAGGACAGAACAACAUGCAUACUCAUAAGGACUGCUUACGAAAAGACCUUAGGAUGGAAGGAAGGGGCUUCUGAAUGCAAAGGGAUGGAAGAGGAAGAGAAAAAGAGAAGGGUAAUAAAACCAGGGGCUAGGGCUUUUCCAGGCACACGGUAUGCAAAUAUGUAUCCCAUAAAAGACGCUUUUUCUCCUUGGAUGAUAUAUUUUGAAGAUUGC